AUGGUGCUCCCCACGUUCUGCACUGAGGAAGUGGGAGUCGGCUCAGCUAUCCUCAGCCGUCUAGCAUGGCUAUUCCCACAGGGCUUUGGCGCAGUCUACCCUGACCUCCUUCCUCCGUCCACCCGCAACUCUGUCGCGUGCCGCCUCAUCGCGAGCUCCCGCAGCCAGACCGUCGUCCGGAGGUGUUGCUGGCUCGUCUCUGGCUUCGGCCAUCGAGCUCAAGAUCAAGGUCGAGGUCGAGCCGACGGCAACGGUUGCACAGCCCUCCGCCACCUCGCACAACUCCGAGAGCAAGGUCGUUACGCCACUGCGCUGGACUGGGCUCGUCUGGGGUCUCGACCUUUGGGCCAUGGUCGUCGACCACGCGGACCCAGGCGUUCUCGCCGCUGCGCUGGUCUGGUCUGGUCUGGUCUGAGGUCUGGACAUUUGGGCUGGGACCUGGACAUUUGGGCUGGGGUUUGGACAUUUGGGCUGGGGCCUGGACAUUUGGGCUGGGGCCUGGUCCUCUGGGCCAUGGUCAUAGACCACGCCGACCCAGGCGUUCUUGCCACUCUGGCUGAGGUGUCGCGUAGAGUGCGCACCGUUGUCCUGGGCCGCCACAAGCCCCCUUUUGCCAACUCCUCGGAUAAGAAGGUCCAGACGACGGACUUGUCUCACCUCGGGGUCAAGCUCAAGGACCUGCGUAUCUGCAAACCCGAGACCGAGAUCGCCAAGGCGAAGCGCCUCCUGAAGGAGAUCUCCAGCUAUGGGUACGGGGCCGGCGAGUCGUUCUACGCUACGGGCGACUCCUUCCGGCGCAAGGCCGAGCUCGAUGCGGUUCAGGUGACUGAGCUGGCUGUCGAGGGCUCCGCGGACGGCACCGAGGACGCGGACACCAAUGGCAAGGGCAAGGUCAAGGGCAAGGGCAAGGGCAAGGUUAAGGGCAAGGGCAAGGGCAAGGUCAAGGACAAGGGCAAGGGCAAGGGCACGGCCGAAGACGAUGAAGAGGAAGUGGAGGAAGGCGAUGAGGGGUUGGAGCUGAACAUUGACAACGACGACGCCGACGCCACGUAUGCGGACGCGUUCGACAUCGAGAUGGAGUAG